AUGCUCCCCGUUUUCAGAUCCAACAAGUGGCCCUCGGGGCCACGACUCCUGUUGGGUCUGUUCGUUGUCGCCACCGCUAUCGCCUCGAUACACUACUUGCUGAUCCCUGUUCUGCUACGCCUGAACCUACACCUUGGGGUCGGCCUAUUCGACCAUGGAUUCUACGGUCUAUAUCCCACACCUCAAUAUGUCACUUUUGACAUGCAAUCGCCCGACGUCGAAUUGGCUAUCUGGGACGACCGCUGCAGUGAUGGUUACGUUUUCAUAGCACCCCAUGGCAGUCCGAUCGAGGGAUCGAACCCGGUGAUUCUCGACAAACGAGGCAAUCUGGUAUGGACAAUGCCAAUGGACAGACCAGCGACGGAUUUCAAUGUGCAGGAAUACCUUGGUGAUAAAUACUUGACGUAUUGGCAUGGGAAAAGCGAUCAUGGACACGGGCUGGGCUCGUACUCAAUGCUGGACUCGCACUACAUCCACCGGUUCGAAGUUACACCCGUCGGCAAUUUCGAAGGCGACAUACACGACUUCCAAAUCUCGCAAAACGACACCGCUCUCAUCGUUAUAUACGACCUGAAACAAGCCAACCUCGAGGAGUUUGAUGGACCUCACAAUGGCUUCAUCUACGACGGAAUCUUCCAGGAAGUCGAUAUUGCCACAGGUGAAUUGCUCUUUGAAUGGCAUUUCUCGAACCACGUCCCAUUAAACGCAUCGUACACCCCCGAACUCAAGGGCACCGGCAGGGACAGCAUAUCGCCAUGGGAUCCAUACCACAUUAACAGCGUCGACAAGGAUGACUCAGGAAACUAUAUUGUUUCCGCGCGCCACACGCACUCCGUCUACAGUAUCGACGGCACAACGGGCGAGAUCCUAUGGGUACUGGGCGGCAAAGAUAAUGAAUUUACCGACACCUCUGACGGCCGGGCUACCGACUUUUCCUGGCAGCAUGAUGCGCGUUGGCACGACGAGCGCACCCUCAGUCUAUAUGAUAAUGCCGCCAAAGACUUCCUCGGGCCUGUCACCAGAAGCCGAGGAAUGAUCAUUGAUAUCGACGUGCCAAAUCGUAUCGCCGGCGUUCGUGAACAAUACUUCCACCCACAGGGCAUUCGCGCUCACUCGCAGGGAAACAUGCAGAUCCUACCAAAGACAGGAAAUGCGUUUGUCGGCUGGGGUCACUGCGCGGCCUACACCGAGUUCACUCCAGAUGGAGAGGUGAUAUGUGAUACACACCUUUCUGCCUCCAAUUGGUUUCAGCUAGGCCUUGUGGUGUCAUACCGCAGCUAUAAAAGUGAUUGGGUUGGAAGUCCACUUACUAUCCCCGCAGCAGUCGUUGUCGAAGACUCAGUUUAUGUGAGCUGGAACGGCGCUACGGAAAUCGUAGCCUGGCAGCUGGAGCUUUGGGACGGCGUGGACAUGGACAAUAUGAACUUCGAGCCCGUCAAGAAAGUCAAGAAAAUUGACUUUGAGACCAAAGUCGAUCUGCCAAACGAAAUCCCCCGCACUUCUUUCCGUCUCGUCGCGCUAGACAGCAAGGACACCAUAAUAGGCAAGACCGCUCUAUUGAGCAAACAUCCUCAAAAGACCCUAUCUGAAAAGUUGGGCAUCAGCGUCUUCGGCGAAAUACCCUACCCCAUUAUUCUGACCAUCUUCGCGGUGUUUUGUUGCUACCUGUUGGCCGUUUACCGGAUAUUGAAGGCAAUCACCCCCUUGGUCAUCCCCUUGGUCACCCCCUUGGUAAGCCGACUUUUCGGCCGUUUCGGGGGUCACCGGUUUGGGCGACGUCUUGGGUUUAAGCGCAUCACGACCAAUACAGAAGAAGAAGAUGAGGAGGAGGACAUACCACUCAUGAUAUCUGCGCAUGAAGAUUGA